UGUAGAGUCUUUAUCUUACAAUUUAAAACACCUUGAGGCAACUGUUGUUGUGAUUUGGUGCUAUGUAAAUAAAACUGAAUUGAAUUGGUGCCCUGAACCAAACCAUGUGCACACAGACACCAAGAAUCACUGCAAACAUGGGACGUGCAGGGCCAGAGUCAAUGAUUUUGACUUUGAUAGGACACUGAUAGAGGUCCACAGCCAUUACAUCACCAGGUCUGAGGUCACCAUGGAACUCAGGUAGGACGGGGCAUUUGGCAGCUGAUAUAAAAUUACUCAGUUCUCUUAUAAGGAAGCGCUGAUUAUGAUGACAACAGUCAAACAGGCAUUGAUGAAGGAGUUCAAAAUGUAAACAGAUAAGCUCAUUGUAGAGGAAAAAGUUGUUCCACUUCACACUGGCAGGGAUCUGGAUCCACACAUGACAGCUGCUCCAGAAUGAAAAGGUCCAAUUUUACCUGUUGCACAAUUUCAGGAUGGUUCUUGAUUUCAACAGGUUCAACAAACUAGCCCACUCCAAGGAAAGGCUCUGCAUUGUGGUACAUUCCCAGAAUGUUCCCUUAAAAUGUUUCAAUCUCAUCUGUAUUCAUCGACCUGCUGAACUGUGCUUGUUCAGGAAAUUGUUGAGAAAUUUUACUUUUUUUUUUUGUCUGAUAAGCACUAAUGUGACAAACGCUUGACCCUGACAUGAACGGCAGGCCCAUCCUGCCACCUGUUACUUGCCACGGAAAAAAGAGCUAGCCAAGGUCGUUACUAAUGGCGGCUCAUUUGUGAAGGCGCACACUCCCACACGUGUACUUCAGUCAGCUCUCAGAGCAGAAACCAGCUGAGCCAGAAUAAGAAUCAACACGACAUGGAAAAGAUUUAAAGGCACUUCUGAAGCAAUCACCGAGUCGCUUGCAGAGAUGCAGUCCGUGCUGUAAAAAGCACCAACUUAUCUUCUCUGACAUCCUCUAACGUCACUUACAUGCAGCAUACAUUUGCUAUAUGUCAAGUUGACUUUACUGUCACAUUCAUGUGAAACUACAUAGGUCGUGCUGCAGGUGCACACUCAGUCCACACGGAGGCACAAACACAAAGUUUCAUGACGGGGUCUCCACAAGAGAUUACUGUGCGUCACGUUACCGUGACGUCAUUCAUUUUGCAUCAGGCCAACCUGGCAUCAGAGGCGACUGCACUGUCCACAUGUGCUGUAAUCAGAUGCUGCCCCCUCCUGUGCCUAUAAGCGUGUGGAUAAAGACAGAAGGAAUACUGCACCUAACGAUCUCAUUCCACGUUCACGGCACCGGAGUCCCGGUGGAAAGCUGUGAGGAGGCGUUUGCUCCAGACAAACAUAAAGUGGAGGGAUUUACAAGCUGCAAACAUCGACUGAGCCAGAGCAGCAUUUUCACACGUUUUCACAGAAUAUGCUAUAAAUAACUCGAGGCUCUACAGGUUGGUGUGUUGGAUGCUGAGUGGCUGCAGGCGGCAGGUUGAGGAGGGGCUGGAUGCUGUGGGCUCCAGUGAUUGUUUUCCUCCUUUCUUGCGCUUCCAUUGAUCAGUAAAGCGAGGAAGGCGGAUCCUCUGACGUCGCCGUCAAGCUGCUCGGCUGCGUCAGAGUCCUGCUGAACCAAGGAAGAAGGAACCAAGAAAUAAAAGGAGAGCGCUUCGGAAAGGCCGAGCAGAGCGCACGGAGCGUGACGGGGACAUACAGACGCGUCGUGAAGAACACCGCGGACAUGGAGGGCUGCACGGAGGAAGAAUACAAGGAAAAAUUACUAUGGAACGUCAAACGAGAGGUGAAGCAGAUUAUGGAGGAAGCAGUGACUAAGAAGUUUGUCCACGAAGACAGCAGCCACAUCAUCGCUCUCUGCACUGCCAUCGAGGCCUGCCUGGGUCACCUGCUGAAGAGACGAGCUGCUGGGUUUCUCCGCAGCGACAAGAUCGCAGCCCUCUUCACCAAGGUCGGCAAAGUCUGCGACACCGCCGGCGAGGUUUGCCGUAAAGUGCAAGAGCAGCUCCAGCAGCAGGCUGAUCUUACCAGGAGAACCCAGAGCGUGGGCCACGAACCCCUGAGGAGACAAGGCUCUUCCACCACCAGCCGGCCCCCUCAGCCCCUCUCCGCCCAGGCCAUCAAACACAUCUGGGUCCGCACGGCUCUCUUCGAGAAAGUUCUGGACAAGAUUGUGCAGUACAUUGUGGACAACUGCAGUAAAUACUAUGAGAGGGAAGCUCUGAUGCAUGACUCAGUCUUUGGGCCCAUCUUGGCAGCCCUACUAGUGGGGCCGUGUGCUCUGGAGUACACAAAGCUGAAGACUUCGGAUCAUUUCUGGACAGACCCCUCAGCCAAUGAGCUGGUUCAGCGCCAUCGUAUUCACGGGGCCCACCGGGGCCAGGACGUCUUAGCCGGCCGCCGGCCUGCUCUGGGGAUCCGCAAAAGGCAGUCGAGCGGCAGCAUGUCAGAGGACAGGUUUGCUGCAUCAGCGAGGGAGUAUGUGGAGUCUCUUCACCAAAACUCCAGAACGCACCUGCUCUAUGGCAAAAAUAAUGUCCUUGUGCAACCGAAGAAGGACAUGGAGGUUUUACGGGGUUACUUGUCUCUCCAUCAAGCGGGGGAUAAUCUCACGCUGAAGUGGACACCCAAUCAGCUCAUCAAUGGCACACUGGGAGACUGCGACCUGGAGAAAAGUAUCUACUGGGAUUACGCACUAACUGUUCCUCUGCGCCAGAUAGUAUGCAUCCACUGUCACCAACGCUCUGACUGUGGGGGGACACUUGUUCUGGUCAGUCAGGAUGGGAUCCAGCGGCCACCCCUGCACUUUCCCCCUGGUGGUCACCUGCUGGCCUUUCUCUCCUGUCUGGAAACGGGCCUGUUACCACGGGGCCAGUUGGAGCCGCCUCUCUGGUCUCAAAAAGGAAAGGGAAAAGUAUUCCCUAAACUGAGGAAGAGGAGUAGUGCCGCCAGGCUUAUCGACCAGGAAGCCAACGGCGAGGAGCAGUCGGCCGCCGACUACGUGUUUCGCAUCGUCUACCCUGGAUAUCGAUACGAAGCCAUCACUAUAAACUACCACCACACCACGGGCAGCCGCGCUCCAUCGCUGGAUGAUGACGAGGAAGAGGAAGAUAGGCUCCAUGCUAUGAUCUCAAUGAUCUGCUCGCGGAACCUCACAGACCCUAAUGUCAUGAAAGACCACGGGGACAUGAUGGACACGCAGGGCUUCGGAGGCAGCCCGUCGUCGUGGCAACAGGCUGAAGUCACCACUCACGAGUCCCUGUGCCAGUCCUGCUCCACCGCUGGCAGCAACGUGUCCUUUGACUACGCGUCUGGCUGUACCUGCGUACACGACCCGUCAGAUAUUCACACUAUUCCUCUGAAGAUGCUCUGCCAGAACAUGAAGCGGCAGAUAGUCUCCAGAGCCUUCUAUGGAUGGCUGGCAUACUGUCGACACCUGUCCACAGUGCGGACUCACCUGUCAGCUCUGGUCAACCACAACAUCGUCCCCCCAGACAGACCCUGCGAGGCAUCCGGGGGCCUCAGCAAAGAGGUGUGGAGCAAGUACCAGAAAGACUGCAAGAACUACAAGGAGCUGGAGCUGCUCCGGCUGGUUUAUUACGGUGGAGUGCAGCAUGAAAUCAGAAAGGAGGUGUGGCCUUUCCUUCUGGGACACUACAAGUUUGGCAUGAGCAAAAAGGACAUGAGCAAGAUCGAUGCAAAGAUCAGCGAGCGGUACCAGCAGGUGAUGCGGGAGUGGAAGGCCUGUGAGGUGAUCGUCAAGCAGCGGGAGAAGGAGAUGCAGUCGGCCAUCUUUGCCAAGCUCUCCUCGGGCAGCAGCAUCGACAGCCACGUCCUGCGGCUCGUCCACAGAGACUCCACGCUCAGCAAUGAGGUGUUCAUGUCUGUAGAUGAGCAGGAUGCAGGAAGCCAGGAGACCCCCAGCGGAGAGGACAGCACUCCCACAAUGACCAACCUGGUGCCCCCCGUGGCCCUCCCACAAGAAGAGCGUCCUCUGGUAGAAUUCGAUUCCCCCGACUCAGGGCUCCCCUCCUCUAGAAACUACUCUGUGACCUCUGCUCACUCCCAGAUCCUGUCUAGUAUCGAUGACGGUCAGAGCACAGAGGAGGAGGGUGGGGGCGCGGAGGACGGCAGGACUCCCAGUGAGCUGGCGGGGUGCCGGGACUCUCUGACGGAAGACAGGCUGUGCAGUCAGCUGGACAAACUGGUGACCAGUGGAGCAGCUGCUGAGGGGACGUCACCAUCGCUCUCUUCCUAUACAAUCGAGUUGUUGGACACGGUCGCCCUCAACCUCCACAGAAUAGACAAAGACGUCCAGCGCUGUGAUCGCAACUACUAUUAUUUCACCACGAGCAACCUGGAGAAACUCCGCAACAUCAUGUGCAGCUAUGUGUGGGAGCAUUUAGAGAUGGGCUACGUUCAGGGCAUGUGUGACCUCCUCGCUCCGCUCAUGGUCAUCCUGGAUGAUGAGUGCCUGGCGUACAGCUGUUUCACUCAGCUGAUGAAGAGGAUGAGUCAGAACUUCCCUAAUGGUGGAGCCAUGGACUCGCACUUUGCCAACAUGAGGUCACUGAUCCAGAUCCUGGACUCGGAGCUGUUCGAGCUGAUGCAGCAGAACGGAGAUUACACUCACUUCUACUUCUGUUACCGGUGGUUCCUGUUGGACUUCAAGAGAGAGCUGCUGUACGACGACGUGUUUGCGGUGUGGGAGGUGAUCUGGGUGGCUCCCAGGAUUUCCUCGCAGCACUUUGUCCUCUUCCUGGCCUUGGCGCUGGUCACAGUUUACCGUGAGAUCAUCGUGGACAACAACAUGGACUUCACCGACAUCAUUAAAUUCUUUAAUGAAAUGGCUGAGCGGCACGAUGUCCAGCAUAUCCUGAAGGUAGCACGUGAGCUGGUGCACAAAGUCCAGUCUCUGAUGGACAACAAGUAACUGUGAUGAAGAAGGCAGAAAGAGGAAUGGGAGGAUGCAGAGGGAGAGUGUCUGACCCUGCUGGAAACUAGAGCACUUCCUGCCUCCACUUACCCAGGCCACAGCCGGGUGGUCGAGGCGUCCCUUUUCUCCAGAUGAAGGCCCCGGGAAUGGGGCGGCUGUUCGAGCUCGGCCCCGAUCUGUUUACAUUGCCCUUCACGUGGAAUGCCCAUGGUACCUGUUCGGACAUGUGGAUUUGUCUGCAUGCUUGUGAGUUUGAUCACACUGUGAACGCAUUCUUGAGUUUCCCCAGUCCUACAGAGUUUGCGUGCGUGCAUGAAACACACACACACACACACUAUCACAACUCGGUUUUCUAAAGUCGCACUCUUUUCCUCGACUCUGAGACAGAACAUGUUGGAUGCCUGUCAGGAAAGCUGAGGCUCUCAGUGUUUGUGUUCCUCCGUGCAGUGCCAUCUUUGGCCACUAGAGUGCAGGAUGUACACACAGAGGAGCAGAAGACUUAGCCACGAAGACGUUUUCAUUAGUGACCAAAUGGACUGUGCCAACGACCUUUUCAUGAGUGUUUUCUACAAGCAUGUGUGUUUUUACCCCCUUUUCUUUUUGUCUGCAAAGUCAUUAUCACACAAAUGUUGCCUUUUUCAGUAACAGCCCAAGGUACUUACUUGCACUUUGUUGUGAGGGGGUCCUUCGCGGUCCCCGUGAAGGCCACGCCACAGUCUGUGGGGGCCGGAGGAGCCUGCGAGAGGCCAGACCGUUUAGAAACUCAGGAUGAAUUGCAGCCAGCUUUUCUGAACAUGUCGGUCAGCGUUUGAAGCAUGUUUACUCCCAGAGCACAACAGGAAACGCAAGAGCACACGAGCCUUCCUCCUUAUCCUCGCAAUUUUAAAAGGGCCACAGCUACGUUUGAGAGCUGCACCUCAACUUAUCUCAAUCAGUUUCAGCUUGAGUUUAAAUAGUUUUUAGCUCUUUUUGUGGCUGCUCAUCAAUUUCAGGGAGCCAAAAGUUUCCGGCACAACAUCACCUACAUCCAAGGUGAGCAGGAGAAAGGUGGUGAAGAAUCCAGCGACACUUGAAACACUAGGAAACGACUUUACGUGUCGGCGUCAUUACAAAAUACCAAACAGUUUGUGUUUGCUAUUUCUGGCUUCGCCGAGCCUACAAAGACUGACUGAGUUUUCAAAGGCAGACUAAGAAGACAAAAUGAUCUAAUUAGGAUUAGUUGAAUUAAAAUUUAAAAACUGAUUUAUCUAGCAGUGUUUGGAUAUUUUUAUGAAAAGAAUGAAAAUCACUUCCUUGAAGGAAAUCUCAAACAGCUGGACUGUAGUUUAGCAGACGUCACAAUAAGAUCAUAGAAUCGAGUUAGUGUUGUAGGCCUGUUUGUUCAUAACUUACAGCUUUUUCCAGCUGUUUAAAAACAGUAUUUAACAGUUAGUCAGAAACAUGGUUCCCCCUCCCCGAGACUUAAAAGGAAGUUCUUGUCUGAUUGUUGGGGAUCUCUCGCUAAUCUCUGCCUUGCUAUUAAAUCACACUGAGACAACUGACAAGUAGUUGAGCUAAUUUUGUGAUAUACUUCCUGGAGUAUAAUUAUUUCAGAUAAUCUUUGAUUAACAUUUAAAUUUGCAUGAUCCUUAACUAUCACACAACAGAGCUGAACUAUAGUGUGAAAGCUCCAAUAACCAGCUACAAGUAAAUCCAUUUAACUUCAUAGAAAAUGUCCGUUUCAGAUCGAUCUGUGUUGAAAUGUUGUUGAAAUUUGGAGAAGCUGCAGGAAAUAGAAGCACACAUUAUUAGGCAUUCCCUGGGAAAAAACGAACCAGAUCGAGUAUAUGGGAUAGAACGGGAGACACGAGGAUGCAGGAUGUGGUCAGUGCUUGUUUGACUUUUCGCAGCAAAGAAUAUUCUUGGGAAACAUAGACCAUCCUUUCAGUAAUUUCCUUUGAAACAUGCACGCUGACCUGAAGGCACCACGAAGACUGUUCAACUUCCUUUUGCAUUCAGAAGCACUGUCCAGAGAAGUGGUUGCAAUUGUCCCUGUGAAGCCGAAGUCCAGCCUCUGAGACUCGGACUGGGUUUGUCUUUACAGUCCCAGGUUUAGAGAAAAAACAACAGAAACCUGAGAAGCUGCUUUUAAUGCCAUCACUAGUGUUCAGUGGAUCAGUAUUACAGUGUGUUGGUGUUGGCUUCAGAGUAACAGCACAUUCACGUUUGUAUCUGAAGGGAGUCGGAUGCUUUUUUGACACCCUCCCUGCUCUCCCUUCUUCUCAGUGUGACCCUUUAUCGCUCCUUAAACCGUCCAACGCGACCGCGUACGAUCGGUCGUCCGACACGGACCUGCACCUGUGAUUCAAGUGCCAAGAGUCUUCCCCGAUCCUAACGUGUACUGUAGUCAUCCUGCUCUCCGAUUCGCUAGUUUGAACCCAGGAACAGGCCGUGGCAUUGGAUGGACCUCGCUACGGCCGCUCCUCCCCGCCGCCGCGGAGGCUCGGAGGGGGAAACGGUCCGUGCUUUUUCUUCCGAUCAGGACGUUGUGUACCAAAGCCUUGAAACAGCCCCCUCUGUGGCAUGACGACAACGUGCAAUUUCAUACUGCAUCUUGAAGACUGACUGUUUACUAUUUGUGUAAAAUAUUUUUGGAAAUGGUGUUCUUGAAUUCUUUCACUACUGUGCAAUUUCUGUCAUUUGAGAAACCCAUCAAAGUCUAUACUGCUGUACAUAUGAACCAAAAGCCCAAUAUUUCUAUGAAGACAGACACAACAUAUAUACAAAUACACAUAUAACUUAUUUUGAGAUCUAUUUUUAUGUUGGUUUUAGCAGCACUAGCCAGAGGUGUGUACUGUGCAGAAAUGCAGAAUGUGUGCAGACCAUGUUACAGAUUGACUGUUAAGUGUUCUCUCUUAAUGUUGUGCACUGACUUCGAGAUUUCAAAUUUCUAUUUAUGUAGGGAGCCAACGACUGCAUUGCUGAAUAUGUAUUGGUAAGGGUGUAUCAUUUGCCUUGAAUGUAAUGUAUUAUUA